AGCGGCGGCGGGGCCUGGCCGGGCCGGGUCGGCGCGUCUCCCCAUCCGCCCGCUCCGGGGGCAGGCGCCGAGCCGCCCGCGGCACCCGCAGGUGGAUGCCCGCCGCACGGCAUGGAGCAGGCCUGCGAAGUGAGCCGCCGCAGCUGCCUCGUCCCCUUCGGCACCUCGCUGUCGGCCGCCGAGCCCAAGGGCGGCCCCUUUGGCGAGGCCCGCGGCCCCGAGCCGCCUGCCAUGCAGCUGGCGGCCGCCAAGCCCGGCUACGGCCAGGACCCGUCGUCCUGCUACAUCCCGCUGCGCCGGCUGCAGGACUUGGCUUCCAUGAUUAACGCCGAGUACCUCGGCGGUGCCGCCGACGGCGCUGAGGCCCUGCCCGACCCUGGCUCGCCGGGCCCCCGCCUGCCCGCGGCGCAGGACCCUGCGGCCGAGGUGCCCCGCGGGGCCCGGGCCUUUCCCCUGCUCCUGCGGGACGGUGGAGAGGAGGCGCCGGAGGAGGAGGAGGAGGGCGCCGAGACUCCGGAGGAGGAGGACGAGGACGACUACGACGACGACGACGACGACGACGACUACGAGGAAGAGGAGGAGGACGGCGACGACGAGGAGGAGGCGGCGACAGAGUCCGGCCCGCGGAGCCGCGGCCGCUCCACUCUGCAGCGGGGCUCCGACAGCCGCCUACAGCCGGCCGAGUCGGUGCCGGACGGCGGCCCCGGGGAGCAGCCUGAGUCCUCGGCGGCCCUGCAACUCUAUGUUUUUGAACCUCAAGGUUCUUUGCUGGAGGAUACUCUGAGCUUUAAGAAUUGA